AUGGAAAACGCUAAAACAGUUAGAUUUUCUAGCUGUCGAGGAGUCGCGUUUGAGAUCAAACCUCAUGCGAAUCCUUUCGCUAUCGAUACAAAUGAUCAAAACCGCGACGCAAACGCUGAACGAGAGGAGAUGAGUAGCAGCAGGUUCCGCAGACUUCCAUGGGAUUUCAUGAGAAACGCCUCAAAAGUUUUCCCUUCGGCGAUUCAACACUCCAUGAGCCGGACAAGUAGCCAUUUCUGCGAUUUGGACUCCGACAACGACGAAAAAGAAGACGAAGAAAAAGACGAACUUUACUACAUAGAAGAAGGUGGGAUCAAAGAAGGAGACGAAGAACAUAGUGAAACCGAGGAAAAAGCGAUUCUUGCUUCUUCCGGAAGCAAACACAGCGAGAAACCGCAGCAACCGCCGAUUCCAAAGAAACGCCCUUCAAGACUAUCAAUCAUACUUCUUGACCAAGGAUUGUUCACCGUUUACAAACGUCUCUUCGUCCUUUCCAUGUUCCUAAACAUCCUAGCUCUCGUUCUCGCGGCCACGGGAUAUUUCGCUUACGCUAGAAACAGAGCAGCUCUGUUUUCAAUCGCCAACAUUCUUGCCCUAACUCUUUGCAGAAGCGAAGCCUUCUUGAGAGUCAUCUUUUACCUAACCGUUAAGCUCCUUGGACACUCCUUUAUCCCUCUUCAAAUCAAAAUCGGGGUCACAUCGCUCUUACAAAGCCUCGGCGGUAUCCAUAGCGGUUGCGGUGUUUCCUCAAUCGCGUGGCUCGUCUACGCAUUAGUUCUCACUCUUAAAGACAGAGACAACACUUCAACAGCGAUCAUAGCGGUUGCUUCCUCGAUUCUAGCUCUCCUCUGCCUCACUUCUUUAGCCGCCUUUCCUCUCGUUCGCCAUCUACACCACAACGUUUUCGAACGCAUCCAUAGAUUCGCCGGUUGGACCGCUUUAGGCCUUGUUUGGGCGUUUAUAGUUCUUACAAUCUCCUACGAUCCAAUAUCAAGAUCCUACUCCGAUAACCUCGGCUCGAAACUGAUCAAAACGCAAGAGUUUUGGUUUACGCUAACGAUCACAAUCGCGAUUUUGCUCCCUUGGUUAACCGUGAGACGUGUUCCGGUUAACGUAUCGUCUCUCUCGGGUCAUGCUUCGUUGAUCAAAUACAGAGGAGGAGUGAAAUCAGGGAUCUUAGGUCGGAUUAGUCCAUCGCCGUUAUCGGAAUGGCAUGCGUUUGGUAUUAUCUCCGAUGGGAAGACAUCGCACAUGAUGUUAGCUGGUGCUGUCGGAGACUUUACCAAGUCCUUAGUCUCAAAACCACCGACGCAUUUAUGGGUCCGUACGGUUCACUUCGCUGGUUUACCCUAUCUGGUUAACUUGUAUGACAAGGUAUUACUUGUGGCUACGGGUUCGGGGAUUUGUGUCUUUUUAUCGUUUCUUAUGCAAGAAAGUAAAGCCGAGGUAUAUUUGAUAUGGGUGGCUAAAGGGUUAGAUGAGAAUUUUGGGUCGGAGAUUGUGAAUAGGAUUAGAGAUUAUCCUCAUCAAGACAGGAUCAUAGUUCAUGAUACUGCCAUUCUAGGACGACCAAAUGUGUCGAAAAUGAGCGUAGAAGCUUCCAAGAAGUUUGGAGCUCAAGUUGUGAUUGUUACAAGUAAUCCUGAAGGAAGUCGUGAUGUUGUUAAUGCUUGUAAAGCUUCUGGUGUUCCUUCUUUUGGUCCCAUUUGGGAUUCUUAG